UAAUGAAAAUCGCAUCAAUAAACGUGUUUUUAAAAAAAUAACGUCUGCUUUAAAUUGUCUAACUCGCUUCUUUUAAAAUGUAUGUAAUAAAUUUCUAGCUGCUGCUGCGGAAAGCUACCUUUAGUUUAGAAAUGAAACCGGGUUUUAUUUGCAUAAGCAUAAAUAAUUGUAACUUAACUGAAAAAUGUUAAUGUAUCCACGCAUAAUAAAAUAACUGCUUGUCCUGAAGGUCAUCGUAGUCCAGAGCCUAUCGGAAUCACUGAGCGCAAGGCGGGGGUGAGGUGGUUUACCCUACUAGACGGGCGGAAAAAGUUAGUUUUACCCAGAAAUAAAUGUUUGAAGAACGGGGCCUUACUUUAUACUUGAUACGCUAGGCGGCAGUGUAGUUCUAUUUAAUUAAAAUAUACAGAGUAAAUCAAUGUUUACUGUUUUUGGUUAGAGGUUACAUACAUAGCCAUUUUUCUAACUAAUCAACUGCUUUGGUGCAUAAGUCCCCGCGUUACCAUGACUUGGUAAAUAAUGGUAAGCAGUAGAGUUUUCCCAGUAGUCGUCUUUUACAUGUUUCAUCAGGCCUUUCUUUUCCUUUUCGUCAGGCAUAUCUCUGGCCUGUUGCUCAGGUUUAUUUUUAGCCAACUAGUCCCGUCUUUUGAUCAGGCAUCUUUUUGGCCGACUAUUCCUUUUUUUAAUCAGGCAUAUUACUGGCCAUUCCAUCCCUUCUUUUUGAUCAGGCAUAUUUGUGGUCACCCGUCCCCUUUGCCGUUUAAGGUCCUGCGCAGCACCGUGUCAUUGGUAAAUGACCGAAGAUGUCUCACAGUAGGCUGUUUGCCCGGCUGCUCUUAAAGCAGAACGGAGUCCGGCACUGUUACACCGGGACGAGAAACAACCUGUACAUCAACAAGGACAGUAAGGUCAUCUGCCAAGGCUUCACCGGGAAGCAGGGCACCUUUCACAGCCAGCAGGCGCUCGACUAUGGGACCCGGUUAGUGGGCGGAGUCUCUCCCGGCAAAGGCGGUAAAACCCACCUGGGGUUGCCGGUCUUCAACUCUGUCAAGGAGGCGAAAGAGAGUACAGGCGCAGACGCCUCUGUGAUCUACGUGCCCCCUCCGUUUGCGGCGGUGGCCAUCCUGGAGGCUGUGGACGCGGCGAUCCCUCUGGUGGUGUGCAUCACGGAAGGCAUCCCCCAGCAGGACAUGGUGAAGGUGAAGCACAGGUUGCUGCGGCAGAGCGCCACCCGCCUCAUCGGGCCCAACUGCCCCGGCGUUAUCAAUCCUGGAGAGUGUAAAAUUGGAAUCAUGCCCGGCCAUAUUCACAAGAAAGGACGAAUCGGCAUCGUGUCCAGGUCCGGGACUCUGACGUACGAGGCAGUUCAUCAGACCACACAGGCUGGACUGGGACAGUCCCUGUGUGUUGGAAUCGGCGGAGACCCCUUUAAUGGGACGAACUUCAUCGACUGCCUGGAGGUGUUUCUGAAUGACCCCAAGACGGAGGGCAUCAUUCUGAUUGGGGAGAUCGGCGGCGACGCAGAAGAGAAUGCAGCCGAGUACCUCAAGCAGUACAACACCGGUGACAAAGCCAAGCCGGUGGUGUCCUUCAUCGCAGGCUUGACAGCUCCCCCAGGCAGGAGGAUGGGCCAUGCAGGUGCCAUCAUCGCUGGUGGAAAGGGCGGUGCCAAAGAGAAGAUCGCAGCCCUGCAGUCAGCAGGGGUGGUGGUCAGCAUGUCCCCUGCCCAGCUGGGCAGUACAAUGUUUAAGGAAUUCGAGAAGAGAAAGAUGCUAUAGAAGAGACUCUAGUGAGAGAUGAACCCCACAGGUUCAGAGCCCUGCUUCUGUGUCUGUCACCCAGGGGUCAAGACCUCCCAGCGCUCCCCCUUCCUGCCCCACAGUCCUCACGUCCCUACGUUGAUAAUGUUUAAUUUCAUCUCGUCUUAAAUGUGCACCACGUACGUGUAAUAAAUUGACAAAUAUAUCGUAACUUGAUUUCUUUUUUUAAAUGUCCUUCCUUGUUUUCAUUUAUAUUGAAGUGCUAUGCUUUACAAAAAUGUUCCAUACCUGCAUUAUGCUGUUGAAGUUGAAGACUAGCUGGCUGCCCACCCUUGCUGACUUUACACAUGUAAGGAGGAAUGUGUGUGCAGUGUGAAGAGCAGUCCUGGGAGACCUUCCUCUUGGAUCUGCUCUCACAACAGCAGUACUACUUCUUCUUUGUGUGGAGUCGGCGUACCCAGGAGCGGUGGGCAGUCAGUCGGCCUUGGACUCCCAGCAUGCUUCAGCCCCCUUUGACUAAUGUUUAAAUACAUUAUCUGUAGAAUUUCAUUAGUCUUCCCCAUUGCACUCUUGCUUCGACUUCGCCCUUGGAUCCACAGAGCCACAAAGGAGACGUCAGGUGUGCGGUGAGUCAUUUUGACUUCAGGGUAAAUCGGUAGCCUCAGAGACCCGGAGCUUUGAUAGAAUUACUAACUGCACGGCCCGGGAACUGCGGUAUCCGAGGAGCGGGGAUGAUUUAACUAGCAUUGGACUGGAGGAAGUGGCAUUGGGGGGGAGGGGAAGUUCCAUUUAAAUCAAGC